AUGUGGGGCAGGUAUACCCAGGCUUAUGAGCUCCUCAAUCUUGGCGUGCUGCUGUACAAGCAAGGGGAGCUCAAGGAGUCCCUCGAGGUAUUCCGCGAAGCGCUGCAGGUGAGCCGCAAGAUAGCGGGCGAUCCCCAAGAUUCGUUGAUCGAUUCGAUCUACCACGUGGCCAAAUUACUGGUAGUCAUGGGGGACGCGGACAGCGCAGUUCCACUGCUGCGCGAGGCGCUCAGCGUCAGUAUCGAGGCGAACGGAAAAGACCACGAAGACACCUUGCUCUGUGCUCGUACCCUGAUGCUGCAGGACCAGGGCGAGCUUGACGGCGCGGAGGCGCUGCACCGCGAGGCUCUAGAGGGGAGGCGAGAGACGCUCGGUGACCGGCACCCCGAUACGCUCACCACGGUCAACAACCUCGGCGGGCUGCUGAGGGCCAAGGGCGACCUGGACGGCGCGGAGGCGCUGUACCGCGAGGCGCUGGGGGCGAGGCGAGAGACGCUCGGUGACCGGCACUCGGACACGCUCACCUCGAUCUACAACCUCGGCACGCUGCUGGAGGACCGGGGUGACCUGGACAGCGCGGAGGCGCUGUACUGCGAGGCGCUGGGGGCGAGGCGAGAGACGCUCGGUGACCGGCACCCGGGCACGCUCACCUCGAUAAACAACCUCGGCUUGCUGCUGAAGGACCAGGGCAGGCUCGGCGACGCCAUCACUCUCUUCCGGGAGGCGCUGGAGGGGAGGCGAGAGACGCUCGGCGACCGACACUCGGACACGCUCACCACGGUCAACAACCUCGGCACGCUGCUGCAGGACCAGGGUGACCUGGACAGCGCGGAGGCGCUGUACUGCGAGGCGCUGGGGGCGAGGCGAGAGACGCUCGGUGACCGGCACCCGGACACGCUCACCUCGAUCAACAACCUCGGCACGCUGCUGCAGGACCGGGGUGACCUGGACAGCGCGGAGGCGCUGUACUGCGAGGCGCUGGGGGCGAGGCGAAAGACGCUCGGUGACCGGCACUCGGACACGCUCACCUCGAUCAACAACCUCGGCACGCUGCUGAAGGCCAAGGGCGACCUGGACGGCGCGGAGGCGCUGUACUGCGAGGCGCUGGGGGCGAGGCGAGAGACGCUCGGUGACCGGCACUCGGACACGCUCACCUCGAUAAACAACCUCGGCUUGCUGCUGAAGGACCAGGGCAGGCUCGGCGACGCCAUCACUCUCUUUCGGGAGGAGCUGGAGGGGUGCAGAGAGAUGCUCGGCGACCGGCACCCGAGCACGCUCACCUUGAUCAACAACCUCGGCACGCUGCUGAAGGACCAGGGUGACCUGGACGGCGCGGAGGCGCUGUACUGCGAGGCGCUGGGGGCGAGGCGAGAGACGCUCGGUGACCGGCACCCGGACACGCUCACCUCGAUCAACAACCUCGGCACGCUGCUGAAGGCCAAGGGCGACCUGGACGGCGCGGAGGCGCUGUACUGCGAGGCGCUGGAGGCGAGGCGAGAGACGCUCGGUGACCGGCACCCGGGCACGCUCACCUCGAUCAACAACCUCGGCUUGCUGCUGAAGGCCAAGGGCGACCUGGACAGCGCGGAGAUGCUGCUUCGCGAGGCGCUGGAGGCGAGGCGAGAGACGCUCGGCGACCGGCACCCGAGCACGCUCACCUCGAUCUACAACCUCGGCUUGCUGCUGAAGGCCAAGGGCGACCUGGACAGCGCGGAGAUGCUGCUUCGCGAGGCGCUGGAGGCGAAGCGAGAGACGCUCGGUGACCGGCACUCGGACACGCUUACCUCGAUCUACAACCUCGGCACGCUGCUGCAGGACCAGGGCAGGCUCGGCGACGCCAUCACUCUCUUCCGGGAGGCGCUGGAGGGGAGGCGAGAGACGCUCGGCGACCGACACUCGGACACGCUCACCACGGUCAACAACCUCGGCACGCUGCUGCAGGACCAGGGUGACCUGGACGGCGCGGAGGCGCUGUACUGCGAGGCGCUGGGGGCGAGGCGAGAGACGCUCGGUGACCGGCACCCGGACACGCUCACCUCGAUCAACAACCUCGGCACGCUGCUGCAGGACCAGGGUGACCUGGACAGCGCGGAGGCGCUGUACUGCGAGGCGCUGGAGGCGAAGCGAGAGACGCUCGGUGACCGACACUCGGACACGCUCACCUCGGUCAACAACCUCGGCGGGCUGCUGAGGGCCAAGGGCGACCUGGACAGCGCGGAGGCGCUGUACUGCGAGGCGCUGGGGGCGAGGCGAGAGACGCUCGGCGACCGACACUCGGACACGCUCACCUCGGUCAACAACCUCGGCUUCCUGCUGCACGCCAAGGGCGACCUGGACGGCGCGGAGGCGCUGUACUGCGAGGCGCUGGGGGCGAGGCGAGAGACGCUCGGUGACCGGCACCCGGGCACGCUUACCUCGAUCUACAACCUCGGCUUGCUGCUGCAGGACCAGGGCAGGCUCGGCGACGCCAUCACUCUCUUCCGGGAGGAGCUGGAGGGGUGCGCUGCUCGGUACGGGGAGGGGCAUGAGGAGACGCAGAGCUCAGCCCGCAAUCUUGCCGCGCUGCUGAAGAAGGCGGGGCGACAGCGCCAGGCCGAUGAGAUCGCUGCCACGUAUGGCGUCUGA